AUGGAUCUCAACCAGCAGCUGGCAUUCUACGGUGCGUACCAUACGAACCCCGUGAAUGUCGGCAUUCAUGUAGUCUGUGUGCCCCUUAUUUGGAUGUCCGCGCUCUCCCUCGUCCUGUCGUCUGGACUGAGCUUGCCAAGCAUCGCACAUGCGCUUCCCGCGCCGCUCGGUGCGCCGCUGCUCGAGUUCAGCGCGUGGCUUGCCGAGACACUUCCGCCAGCGGUGUAUGAGCAAGUCAAUCCUGCAUCUGUAGCCUCUGUGAUGUAUUGGAUCUACUACGCCGUGCUUGACCUUGGCACGGCCCUGCUCAUCUCGCCCCUGUGGACCCUGUACUAUUACGCGAGCUGGGCACUGAUUGAGUACGAGCCGCGCGGCGCCGCCAUUGCGCUUUCCAUUUUUAUCGCGAGCUGGGUUGCGCAGUUUUACGGGCACGGUGUCCACGAGGGCCGUGCGCCAGCACUGCUGGAUAAUUUGCUCGGCGCGGUGGUACUUGCGCCGCUCUUUGUGUGUUUCGAAGUCCUCUUCCCUCUCGGGUACCGCCCAAAGCUGCAAAAGUGGCUCAAGAACGAGACGGGCAAGAAGGUAGCAGCAUUCCGCACCGAACGUGCACGGGAUUUGCGCGCAAAGUGA